AUGUAUCUUGCAAAUCUCGCUCGUGAUCCCAGUAUUCCGACACCAGUGCAGCCUUACUCUAGCGCCGUUUUAGCCGUCUUUAUGUUCAUUGGCGUGUUCGGCAUUACCUAUGUCCGUGUCAAAUUUCCUCAAGCUAAUUUUGCAACAAUUUUUGCAAGCAUGAUUGUGUCGUUUUGUUUGACUCAAGCUGCGAUAACACCGGGAUUCCAACCUACCGUUGUGUACACGUUUUUAAAGCCGAUUGCCUUUGCCACUGCUAUUGGUCUUGUAGUAGAUGUACUACUUUGGCCUGAUGAUAGUAUUACAAAGUAUAUGGGUGUCCUCAAUAAAUCAUUAAAGGAAUAUAACGGUUUCUUUCAAGAGCAUUCAGACGCAUUUCUAUCAAGUGCUACCGAAACCCCAUCUGCCACAACAACUUUGCCGAGCUUACACGCAAGACUUCAAAACAGUAUUUUGACAUUGAUUGAUAGUAAACGGGAGGUGCAACGAGAGAUACUAUUUAAUCGAAUCUGUCAUGAUGAUAUCAAGCAGCUAACUAAAAUUGUAAAAAUGAUGCGUGGGCCCCUUCAUGGGAUUGGUUUGAGUUUGAUUACCAAGACAGAUCGAUUGGCUCAUAUAAAGCAGCCUUAUUUUUCUAGUACUGUUGCUAAUGAAGGGGAGGAGGAGAAAGAGGAAACAGAAGAGGUAUCCCGGCUUCGAAAAGAUUUCUUGUCCAAUCUAGAUGCAUUUCGAAAAAAUGGGCAAGAGUUUAGUGAUACAUGUGUGACCAUUUUGGAUGAAUGCAAUGCACGACUGAUGAAAUUCAGUGGUAAACCUCGAUCCUUGACAAGCACAAUUCUUUGGCCUUUCCCCCGUAUCUUUUUAUCGGAUUAUAAAAAGAACUAUCAACAAACAGAAACAGAAGCGGAUUUGCUUUCCGUGCGAUUCAAACAAGCAAUUGAUAAAUAUGAACAAGC